UCCGGGCUCUGCGACGCGCGGCGGCUGCACGGGGGGCGCUCGGGGGCGCUCGGGGGCGGGGCGAGCAGCCAGUCCCCGCCUCUCCAGCCGCUGGGGAUGAUGGCUGCGCUGAGGCUCCUGACCUCGGCUCUGGGCCGCCGCGUCCCCGCCGGGUGCUCGACAUCCUCGCGGUCCCUAGGCUGCGCGCGCCGCUUCUCCACCAAGCCCCCUGAGCGGGUCCAGUUCUGCACUGACCCGGUGGAGGCGCUGAAGGGCGUCUCGAACGAGGCGACCGUCAUGCUCGGGGGCUUCGGGCUCUGCGGAAUUCCGGAGAACCUGAUCGCAGCGCUGCGGGACGUGGGCGUGAAGAACCUGACCUUGGUCAGCAGCAAUGCGGGCGUGGACGACUUCGGCCUCGGCGUCCUGCUGGCGGCGUUGCUUCGCCGCGUGGUCUGCUCCUACCUGGGGGAGAGCGCCCUGUGCGAGCAGCAGUACCUGGCGGGCGAGCUGGAGCUGGAGCUGGAGAUGACCCCGCAGGGCACCCUGGCCGAGCGCAUCCGCGCGGGCGGCGCCGGGGUGCCCGCCUUCUACACGCCCACGGGCUACGGCACGCUGGUGCAGGAGGGCGGCGCCCCCAUCGCCUACUACCCGGACGGCCACAUGGCCUCGCUGAGCCAGCCGCGGGAGGUGCGGGAGUUCGGCGGGCGGCACUACCUGCUGGAGCGCGCCAUCCGCGCCGACUUCGCCCUGGUCAAGGGCUGGAGGGCCGACCGCGCGGGCAACGUGGUCUUUCGCGGGAGCGCCAGGAACUUCAACGUGCCCAUGUGCAAGGCGGCCGACGUCUCGGUGGUGGAGGUGGAGGAGAUCGUGGAUGUGGGCACUUUCCGCCCCGAAGACAUCCACCUGCCCAACAUUUAUGUCAGUCGCGUGAUAAAGGGGCCCAAAUACGAGAAAAGAAUCGAGCGCUUAACCACGCGGACAGGGGAAGGCGCGCAGGCCCGCGACGCAGGCGACGUCAGGACGCGGAUCAUCAAGCGGGCGGCUCUGGAAUUCGAGGAUGGCAUGUACGCCAACCUGGGCAUAGGGAUCCCUCUCCUGGCCAGCAACUACAUCAGCCCCAACAUGACGGUUCAUCUGCACAGUGAAAACGGGAUCCUGGGCUUGGGCCCCUUUCCCUUAAAAGACCAGGUGGACGAGGACGUCAUCAAUGCGGGCAAGCAGACGGUCACCGUGAUUCCUGGGGGUUCUUUCUUCGCCAGCGAUGACUCCUUCGCUAUGAUUCGCGGGGGCCACAUCCAGCUGACCAUGCUGGGCGCCAUGCAGGUUUCCAAAUAUGGAGACCUGGCCAACUGGAUGAUACCCGGAAAGAAGGUGAAAGGGAUGGGCGGAGCCAUGGAUUUGGUGUCCAGCGCCAACACCAAAGUGGUGGUCAUCAUGGAGCACUGCACGAAGGCAAAGACCCCCAAAAUCUUGGACAAGUGCACCAUGCCAGUGACUGGGAAGCGCUGCGUGGACCGUGUCAUCACCGAGAAGGCCGUGUUCGCCGUGCACCCGAACAGAGGGCUGACGCUGGUGGAGCUCUGGGAGGGCUCGACGGUGGACGAGGUCAAGACCAGCACGGGCUGUGCCUCUGCCGUGUCCCCGAACCUCAGACCCAUGCAGCAGGUGGCACCAUGAGCGGGGAGCCCCCUGGCCACACCGUGUGUUUCCUGGGCGCCUCCUAGGGUUUGCUGGGGAGAAGUAGUAGCCACAGGGGGGCGCUGUCAGGCACCAGCUGGGUGCUGCUCUCCUCCCAGGCUUUCUACUGCUGGAUACCCUGUCCUACCAGAGCCGUGGGAAUUUAAUUAAAAACGGCAGGGAACACCCAGGCUCCACUCGUGUGUCUUGUGAGUACUGCAGGGCCCCUGCUACCAUCGCUGAGGACGCCGGUGCCUGCUCCGCCAUCUGUGAUGU